AUGUCUCAAGAUAACGCUGCGCACUCCCCUUCUGGCGAUGCACCCGCUUCUGGCCCAACUUACUCGCAAAGCUUGAGCGCUGCCCAAGGAACCGUCGGCUCUGCGUACGCCAUUCCGGCGCUGCCAGGCCAAUCAGCGACAUCGUUGUCCACGUCCUCGAGACAUUCCAACGCUCAUGGCGGGCGGGAUUUGCAGCGCCACAAGGAUUCUCGCCCCGGCGACAUCGUGUAUAAGUGCCCGUGGUGUGGAGAAGGAUUCGCUCUCGCGGAAAUGCUCAAGCAUCACAUCGAUGAGCCGUGCUUGCUCACCCCGCCCGGUGUUAACACGGUUGUCUAUGAACUGCCUGCAGCUCCUGUUUCACGUCAUGGCCGCGUCAAGGAGCUUCGACACGUAGUCGAUCUUCUUUUGGGUCCGUCUCCUGCGCGUGUCGCAAUCCGAGGCUCUUGGGGCAUAGGCAAAACCCACCUCGCUCUUCAGGUAUUACAUGACGUGAGCGUGGCGCAGGAGUACAGAAAUCACCGCUUCUUCGUGUCUUGCGAACAUGAUCGCACAGCUGAGGCGCUCAUCGAGCAUUUGCUGAUGAUAUUCAAUCUGACGCAUGUACCUACCAAUAGAGGAUCACCGCAAGACAUUCUGAUCGAGCAUUUAAUGCUAUUCCCUAAGCUGUUGCUCUGUUUGGACAGCUUUGAAAUGACUUGGGAUGCCGAUAUAGCGGCCACAGAAGCCUUCUUGUAUGCACUCGUGACCAAGAUUGACCGAUUGGCACUUAUCAUCACAGUUCGCGGAACAGUCUACCCCGAACUAGUAUCAUGGACGAACCCGCUGCUUUUUCCACUAGCACCCUUGAGUCAUGACGAGAUGUUGAAAAUUUGGGAUGACAUUCGUUCUGCGCACGAUGAAUAUGCUUCGAACUUGAUUGCGGAUAUGGGUGGAGUCCCUCUUCCUGUAACGAUCCUUGCUCAACUCGCCGAACACGAGUCCUCUGAAAACCUUUAUACGCGGUGGAAAAGAGAGCGUACAUCGAUGCUGAAGAUCCAUGGCGGAGCUUCCCGGUUAACGAAUGUUGAUGCCUCAAUCGAACUCACACUUUGUGGUCCACGUUUCGGGGGCUGUCCACUGGCUGCGGAAAUUUUGCAUCUAAUAUGUAUGCUGCCACAAGGAUUACGCAGAAUCCACAUAGACUGCCAGGAGGAUCUCUGGUUUGAUCGUGCUCAUCCAAACUUUCCUUUCAUUGGGGACACCGAUUUGGCGGUCUCCAUCUUGGAAGACUGCGCAAUUUUAAAGGAUUCUGCCCGGGAUGACGAAUUCCUCGUUGCUACUGCGCUUCUGCGUGACUACGUACUCACCCAUCAACAGAUCUCAUCCGAACUAUGCGGAUUCAUGUUGGACAUAUAUAGACAGCUACCGGCAGUGAGCUUUGAUGAUCAUCCAGACCUUCAGGCCUAUCUACGUGAUAUUAUAUAUCCAGAGAGCGAGAACAUACGCUCCAUACUGAGGCUUUCAAUGACUUGCAAACCGCUUCCCCCGUCCCUCCAGCAGGCACUGGUCUCCGUUGCCUCCCUCUUACAACUCAACCAGGAGGCACAGUUCAUUGAUACUUCCUUCCUUUUGGAGGCUAUAACACUUGCUCGUAGCAGUGGGUUCAGAUGGGCCGAAGCUCACCUACUACAAGCACUAGCGCAGAGCUUAUUUCGAGCGCAAGGUUGCACCAGUGAAGUAGUCUCGGUGUUCACGUCUGCUCUUGAUCUUCAUCGAGAUCUCGGAGACACGACCGGUGUUUAUAAGUGUAUGCUCGCCCUUGGAGGGUUGCAUAUGCAAAUGGGCCGAUUGCAGUGUGCAGAGCAAAUGCUUUCAUCAGCACUCGAGGCAAUCCGCGCCGAUCCUAUAAGAUCGAUGUUUGAUGGAUUCGGCCUCAACUAUGCUCGGAAAGACGAAGCAUAUGCCUUGUGCGGUUUGGGAUGUAUACACAUGCUCCUGAGACGAUUCAGUGAGGCAGAGAAGGAGCUCCAGUCUGCGCUCGCUCUCAAAGGUGUUAUCAAGAAUUGCCAUAAGCUAAUGAAAGAUGCUGACGACGCUCUUGCAAGACUUCGUAUCCUCCGACAGGAUCUUGAAGCCGAGCGUAUGUGCACGAGCGACAUGGAGACUUCAUCAGGUCCCUCCGAUGAGGGUCCCGACACAUCGGACACACAGGCAGACGACCUUUUGCCUCCUGUGCCCCCGUUACCGCAGACAUCUCGACCUCCAAGUCGUUCAUCAGUGAAACCAUCGGAUGCAUAUCCUGCUAGUGGUCAUAGAGGCCCUACAGACCUAUAUUCAGUGCUCAGACAUCUGAUGAUCAAUGCCGACGUCGCUGUUGAAGUGAUCCCGUACGUGUCAACAUACGUGGCGGCCCUGCUUCUGCCGCUUGCGAGCUCUCCCGAGGAACACAAUCGCUUUGUAUCGACAAUCGUGUCCAUCCUGGGAAGAUUCACUUGCUAUCAGCGCCUAUGCGAAGCCGAUCUAGAUGCAAACGGCGAAGGCGACAGUCGGUUUGAUAGCAUCAGGAAGAGCCUCUUGAAGGAAUGGAUGGUUGUCGUGACUAUACUUGCCGCUGUUACUGCGAUUGGUAGCGCAGGCUUCGUAGCCGCCCCAGGCAGCAUCGUUCCAAUCGGCACUCCAGCGCUCUUCUGCCUUAUCGUAUCCGCGAGCGCGGCCGCGCUCGGGUUCGUCGUUUGUGUCGUGUUGCUAUUCCAAUGCUGGAAUAUAGAUGCGGCAAGGUUCAGGAAACUCGCGCUCGGCAUAUAUGAGGAUUACUGCUUUUUCGCGAUAAUGGCCGCCACACCCGCGCUCUCCCUACUUCUGGCUGGACUGUUCGUGGCGCUGUUCGUCCUAAUCGCUGCAUGGAGAGUGUGGCCGGCAGCUGUUGCCGCGUUAGCGGCCGUCUUCACCAUUCUGGUCGGCAUGCAGUACAUCAUUAAGGGCGGGGAGAUCCUGAUAACGCAUGAGCGCUGA